UUUAACUACGAAAUGUUUCUUUUUAAUCAAUUCCUUUUCUAUUUCUUAAUUUUUCCUGAUUUUUCCUUAAGGUCUUGUGAAGUGUAGUAAAUGACACUUCCUGUAUUUACAAUAGCUUUGAUAUAUUGAAAUUUUCUUCAUAUUUACGUAUAAUUCGGUUCAAAACCUUGCUACUUCGCGUGAUGGAUAAGGGCGUGACUUGUGAACAUCUUAAUAAGUUGGUUGAUGUACUUGGGAAGGAAUUAUGGCAAUCAAGCGAGGAGCUGACAUGUUUCGACUGUGGUGCCCCUGGACCCAAUCUCUGGAUCUGCCUGCAACCUGACUGCCAUCACAUUGGCUGUUCUGAAGUCAAAAAUGACCACAGCACAAUACAUCAAAAGAAUUAUCCCUCGCAUUGUGUACAUAUGAACAUUUCCACUGAAAGGAUAUGGUGUUACUUGUGCGAAAAAGAGGUACACAUCAGAGCGGCUGUUGCACAUGCGGCGAUGUGUCCCGAUUCGACGACGUUGGACGGCUCUAUUGGCGCGAGGCUCGGCAGCUUCGGCAUCAGCUCACGAGAUGAUGACCUUGAUCCUGAUGAUAUGGAUUACGAUGAUGAUACACCGUCUAGAGGUCUAGUGGGUCUUCAGAACAUGGGUAACACGUGUUACAUGAACGCUGCACUGCAGGCUCUAAGCAACUCGCAGCCGUUUACUUCAUACUUUUUGGAGUGCGCGGCCGCAGUUGCCGUGUUAGCUGGCGAUAAGAAACCUGGAUUAAGCAGAGCAUACCAAAAAUUAAUUAAAGAAAUGUGGAGUAAGAAAACUAGAGGCUACCUUGUACCUAAUGGUAUAUUAUAUGGUAUACGAAACGUAUACCCGAUGUUCCGUGGUUACCAUCAGCAUGAUACGCAGGAGUUUCUUCGCUGUUUCAUGGACCAGCUGCAUGAAGAGCUCAAAGAACCGAUGUGGGAUACAACAGAGGAGACGUUGUGCUCGGAGGCUGAUGGUGACCACCAGGACAGUAGAAGUCUGCAUGUGCGCCGCAGGGCCGCCUCCUCAGGGGCUAGUGACGCGCCGUACUUCGCGCGCUCGCGUCGCAAGUCUCCCUGCAGCGAGGGCAGACCCGCGGGAUAUAACAGAGUGCAAUCAAGUACAGAAGGCGGACAUUCUCGUCACAAGAGGUCUGCGAGCUUCGCGGGUACACAUCAGUUCUCAUACAAUGCUCUCACACAUCAAAUUAAUGGUGUGGAUUCACAACGCGACGUUGGUUCAGAAUCAGAACUAUCAUGUUCUAGUGAAGCGGACGAGAGAUAUGAGACAUGCUCUAGUGGUGGCAGUGACGCUCCAGAGCCGCGGAUAGAACCGAUAGAGAACAAGUCGGGGGUGGUGGGUGCGGGUGGGGGUGACGGCGGACGUGGUGGGGCGCGGUACCGCAGCAUCGUGUCCGACGUGUUUGACGGCAAACUGCUCUCCUCUGUGCAGUGUCUCAUCUGCGAUAGGGUGUCGACGCGAGUGGAAACAUUCCAAGAUUUAUCUCUGCCGAUCCCAUCGCGGGAACAUCUCGCGGUGUUGAGAUGUCAGCAGCCGAUACUGAACCAUCAUGUGCCGCAUAAUUCACAAGAGUCGUGGGUGUGGUGGGUACUGAGCUGGCUAAGGUCCUGGUUCUACGGCCCUGUUGUCUCGCUGCAGGACUGUCUCGCUGCGUUCUUCAGUGCGGACGAGCUUAAGGGCGAUAAUAUGUACAGCUGUUCCCGCUGCAACAAACUUCGUAACGGUGUAAAGAUGUCUGGCGUUGUGCGUCUACCUGAAGUUCUCUGCGUACAUCUGAAGAGAUUCAGACAUGAGCUCAUGUUCAGCGCAAAAGUCGCUGCCAGAGUAUCAUUUCCGAUAAACGAUUUAAAUAUGGCGCCGUAUACUCAUAAAGAAUGCACAUCUCGUGUAUCACGGUACGCACUGAGCGCGGUGAUCUGUCACGCGGGCACUGCGGGCGGCGGACACUACACGUGUGUGGCGCGCACCGCCUCCGGCUGGCACGCCUUCGACGACGCCGCUGUCACACCUGUACCACCGCACCAUCUACACUCCUGUGAAGCUUACGUACUUUUCUACAGGAAAGUAAACCCGCAGAUGACAAUACUACGACAAAAGGCGGCGGAAAUUUUGGAAUCGACAAAUGUGGAGCCUAACGAUAUCAAGUUUUAUAUCUCAAAGCAGUGGCUUAACAAAUUUAACACGUGGGCGGAACCUGGUCCUAUAGACAAUGGGGACUUCGUGUGUGUACACGGAGGUGUGCGGCCCGAGCGUGCGGCGCAGCUACCAGCACUCGCUGCAGUACUACCACAACCACUGUGGCAGUUCCUGCAUAAUCAGUUUGGUGGUGGGCCGGCUGUGUCUCACGCGCACGAGUGCGGCGUCUGCGCACGCGCACAACAACGGCUGCGAGCGCGGAGAGCGCGGGAAUUAGCUGCUUUCGCUGAUCUACAUACACUAUUCCAAGAGCAGGAGCACCCGUGUUCAAUCUACGCGAUCAGCAUGCAAUGGUUCAGGCUGUGGCAGGGCUUCGUGCGCAGUCGCGCUCCCCUCCCACCUCCACCUCCUCCCGUUGACAACACAAACAUUGUCAUUGCACAGGAAAUCGACGGCGUAACAACAUAUUUAUUGAAACCAGGUUCAGAUCAUGCACAGCUCAGCGAAGAGUUGUGGAGAUUCUUUACUGGCAUAUAUGACGGUGGUCCAGAGGUCCGGUUGCGGUCUCCUCCAAUACACACCCAUCAGCCACAGUACACAGAUACCAGAGACCAAAGAGACCAGAGAGAUAGAGACACAUUCACAAGAAGACUAUCAAGAAAAUAUUCCGAAUCAGACCGAGAGGAAUACUGCACAAAAUCAACAUCAGAAAUGAAUAUAAGAGAUUCAAUACACAAUGAAUUGCAAAAGAAUCAAUCUCUACAAAAUAUUAACCGAAGGCAUAGAGUAAGAUCUACAGCGGAAUCAGACGAAGAUGUUAGAUACAAAAGUUAUACCAAACGUCAUGAACCUAAUGGCAACUGUGAUGACACCGAUGAUGAAAUGGAUAUUCAGCCUUAUGGGAAUACUAUAAGAAUGGAAAAUGGUGUUGACACCGAUCAUGACACUAAUGAUAAUCCGGUAUGCAAUAAAACGAACAAACUGACAGAUGUUGACAGUAUAAAGAACAGAAAGUCCGGCAAAGUGAGAAAAACUAAACGAAGGACGGUUAAAUGAUUUCUCUUUGCUUUUCAAUUCGUUCACAGGUUACGCAAGUUCACGGGUGAUGGCGUAUUUCAGUAUAGUAAUACGAACUUUUUUGACCCGGUGGGUGUAAGUGAAACUAAAUUAUAGUACAUCAGCGCCAUCUGUCAAUGUAGGUGUGUCAUAUCUGUCAUUUUCUAUGUCUUAGUAUGUUUUGUAGAUCGACAAAUUUGUUUGACCCGGUGGGAGGAAAAUAAAUAGCUGUGCCCCUUGUUAAUGUUUAAAAUGGACUUAGUAUAUCUAUUUACUCCUAGAUCUAUUCACCUGAAAUAUAUAUGUCUGAGUAUAUACUUUAAGAAAAAUAUAACAUUCUGUAUAACGUCAAUUCAU